AUGAAUGGAUCCACCAUUACAGGGUUUGUUUUGCUGGGCUUCACCUCCUCCCACACUGUUCAGCUUUUACUUUUCACCCUGGUCUUGGCAUGCUACACCACCACCUUACUGGGCAACUUCCUGAUCAUGGUGACUGUGUUGUCUGAGCGUAAGCUAUUCCAGAGCCCCAUGUAUUUCUUCCUUGUCAACCUGUCCCUCCUCGACAUGUUUCUGGGAUCAGUAGGAACUCCAAAGUUAGUGGCUGACUUAUUGAACAAUGGCUCCACCAUCUCCUACGGAAGCUGCAUGGCCCAGCUGUACUUCCUCCACAUCUUCGGGGGUACAGAGAUACUGCUCCUCACGAUCAUGGGAUAUGAUCGCUAUUUGGCCAUCUGCCACCCGCUGAGAUACAAAGCCAUCAUGGACCGGGAACAUUGCUUCAGGCUUCUCACAGUGUGUUGGACAGUUGGCUUCAUCCAUGGCACCAUGCAGAUAGUGGCAAUUACCAGGCUCCCAUUCUGUGGGCUCAAUGUCCUGGACAAUUUCUUCUGUGACAUACCACAGGUAAUCAAGCUGGCCUGCUCAGACAACUCUGUUGUGGAAUUAGUCAUGUUUGUCAAUGCCAGUCUGAUAAUUCUGCCAUGCUUUCUCAGCUUACUGAGUUCAUAUGUCAUCAUCCUGGCCACCUUCUGUGGCCGUUUUGGGAAGGGUGGUAGGAAGGCUUUUUCCACCUGUGGCUCCCACCUGACAGUAGUCAGCCUCUUCUAUUCUUCCAUUGUCUUUGUAUAUCUCAAGCUCUUCUCAACCUCCAAGGUAGACAAGAUCGCUUCUGUGUUCUACAUGGUGAUCACACCUGCUCUCAAUCCCUUGAUCUACAGCCUGAGGAACCAAGAAAUGAAAGCAGCAAUGGGGAAGCUGAAAAUCAAGUGCAAACUCCUUCUGCUGCCUCAAAGGAAAGACAUAUGUGAAAAUUCCUUUCCCUGCAAAAGACGUUGCUGUGCAUAA